AAAGCGAAGGAGUUGUUAUAGCGGUAAAAUACUCUAAACUUAGCGGCUAAUUACACGUUUUUAUGUCAUUUUAGUGUCCCACAUUAUGCACUUAUUUGUGAAAGAGGUGUUUUAUUUUACCGUGCGACGUAACGAAUAGCUGCUCGCACGUUUAUUUUACUGUUAGGCCCGUAAAUUUAUCCAGAGUACAAGUUUCGACAGUGCGUAAAAAUGCCGACUGAAGUAAAGCAGAGGAAGAAGUCACAGAAACAAAGUGAUGAAGCGUCGCCGGCAAAUGGCAAAGACGAGGCUCAGAGAGUGAAGACGGAAGCUGGAAGCGGCGCAGCAGCGAAUAAAACGUCGUCGAGUUUGGAUGUUAGAAGUUUAAUGUGUUUGUUGUCGCUUGCAGCUUGCGGGGCUCUGAGCUGGGUGGUGCUCCAACAACACCAGAGGUUUUCCGAAAUUGAGGAAAAGUACAAGUUUCUGCACGGGAAGACCUCGAGUCUGUUCGACAUGGAGGAAGAAGUCCUGAAAGUUUCCGAGAAGCUUGCCGCUUCUGAGGAUGACCUACAGGAGGCACUCUCCACCGCCUCCUUGGCAACACGACUCCAGCAGGACAUCUCUACCCUCCACGCUGCUGUCAUGGUGAUGCAGGACGAGGAGAACUCCGCCUCCCGUGACCUGCAGACGGUCAACAGCCACUUCCUCAAUGUGACGGAGACGUGGCAGGAGCGUCUGGCCGGCAUCACCUCUGACCUGGCUGCCCUCAAGGCCGAGUCCCGGGAGGCUCACGCCGGCGCCACUGAGCGGGUGAACGAGGCCGAGCGGAGGGCCCGGUCGCUGGCGGGGAGGUUGGAGGAGCUAGAGGACAGCACUAAGAGGAACGCCCGAGCUAUGGAGCGCACAGAGGAAGACGAUGCCAAGCGAGCGCAGGGUCAGCUGGACUGGAACACCAAGCAGAUCCACAACCUGGAGCAGCAGAUCAGCAGCCUGAACAAGAGGGAGGCUGAGCUCAGCUCUCAGCUGCAGGAGCACAUUCCUCGGGCGCAGGAGUGCGAAGAGCACCUGCCCCAGGUAGAAGAGGCGGUGCGCUCCAUCCUGAGGCUGGGGGUGGAUCUGAACGGGGUGGAGAAACGUCUGGAGGAGGUGACGUUGCAGGUGUUUGGGACUGAGGACAGCAUGCUGAAAGCGCUCAAUGAAAUCCUGGAGAUGAGACAGGAGCUGGACACCCUGCAAGCCCAAAACAGCAUCCUCAAGAUGAAAAAUGAGCUGUCAGUGGUUAAGGAGGCGGUCCGUGAACUCACCAUGGUGCUGAGGGAUAAUAGGGUCGACAGCCAAAAGGACUCUGGCACUCUGGAGGACGAAGGAUGGAGAGACGAGGAGGAGGAGGAGGAGGAGGUGUGGGAAAAAGAUGACGAGACAACUCAGCCUCUUUACGAUGACCUCACUGAAUGAUGUCAAUGUUUUGAGUCAGCUGAGGAAAAGGAGUGGUCCUGUCUUACUAUUUGCUGUCAAAGGCUGUUAAAGUUUUUAAUAUGUGUACCUCAGUUUAAUGUCAGAAAAAUGUAUGCUUGAUUUCAACAUGAAUCCUGGUAUCAUGCACUGUACAGUAUUACACAUCAAGAAUGUAUUUUAGGUUGCUUUCACAAACAAAUCGGUUUAAACUGAUUCAGAUUGUACAGUUCAUCUGGGCUGGUGUCAAGGCUGUUAAUGGAAGCCUGGUGCAAACCAAAUACAUCUAACUGAGAUCAUUUGUACAGGAGGGUCUUGGCCCCCUGUCAUGCCGGCUCUGGUGCAGUUCGUUUGUGACAAACCAACCGCAGAAUUGUAUUACAGUAGAUAUAUAAUUUUAGCACAAUUUCAAAAGCUAAGCUACUAGUAAAACUGUUGAUCAUGAACACCAGAGAACAUAAAUAUACGCAAUAUACGAAGCAUUAAAGUGCUGCAUAAAGUUCUGUCUGUUACUGGAAUCUGGCUCCUGAGGAUGCAGGAUGACGAUCACCAGAAUUGUCCAAUCAGCGAUUUAGCUGUCAGUCUGUAUAAACUCAUGGUUACUCCUCUUUGACUAAAAUGCAACAGUAUUAUUUUUUCCCCUUGGCUCAGACCAAAUAAGCUACAGGUGGGAAAGCAACCUUCAUGUUUGUUUAAUGUGGAGUGACAACAUUUAGGCUUCUACAGUACAGUACAGUAUAUAAGCUGGCCUUUUGCACUGAUGUACUGAUAUCUGUUACAUUUCACCUCUUCACAGUAUGGCAAUCAUUUCAUGAACUUAUUAAAUAAAAGCUCAUUUUUUUAUGGAAAAGCUCUUACUUGUAUAAUUUGUGUUGUCUUAGUAUUUAAUGCUCUUGUUUAUGG